AUGGCAAUACAGGCACAAUUGGCAUUACAUAGAAAAAUAUUAUUCAGCUAUGUUUCUCUUCCUUGUAUUAGUGGUAUUGGCUCAUGUAUCUAUGAUGAUCUUUGUACAAUUUGUCCGCAAUGUGGUUGUCCAUUGACAGUAGGUGAUCAUACGUUAACUAUACCAAUUACAAUUUAUGUUGAUUCAUGGGCACUUGUUGGAAAUUAUCAAGGACAAGUUGAUAUACAAACAUCCUCGGGAGCAAAAGGGUGUGUUCAAGUUAGUAAUGUACAUAUUAAAUCAAGUAAAUGA